AUGGAAUCCAGACGGUCCUCUCGCGCCGCUCGAUCGAGCCUCCCUCUACAAUCGACUACUCAUUCCUCAACUUCUUCGAAUUCCUCAAGAGCUACGCGACAGCAUAAAGCUGAUUCCCCGAAUAAGUCGACGCCCACCGUCGAGGUCGAGGUCGAGACAAAUGGCGCGGACGAGGUAGAUAUGGACGACACCGAAGAUUCAGAUGCCGUAAGGUGUCUUUGCGGGUUUGAAGAAUAUCCUGGUCCACCCCAACUCGAAGAAGAUGUUAAGGAGGGGAUCGAGGAACCGAUCAUUGCAGUCGCAGAAAUGAGUGAAGAUGGAGCUGGCUUGUUUCUCCAAUGUGAUAAUUGCAAGGUGUGGCAGCACGGUUGUUGCGUUUCUAUCAUGAGCGAAGAGCAGAGCCCCGAUGAAUAUUUCUGUGAAGAAUGUCGCCCAAACCUGCACAAAGUAUACACAGACAAAAAUGGGCAGCGCUUUUCUCGGUAUCUCCCCUUAUCCCAGAGCCUGUCUCGAACGAGCUCUCGGGCGGGUUCAUUCUCCAAAGACGGUACACGGUCUCCACGAGCCGGCAGCAAGAGCGGUCGACCUCCCUCGAGUCUCCAGAGCGCAAAGCGACGGUCUACGAUGAACAGUAGGGAUGCGGCUUAUGAUGAGGAAGAACAACUUCGACGAGCAAUAGAGGCUAGCAAAGGGGAGAAGAGUGGUGAGAGUACCGACGGCGGUGGUACACGACGAGGAAAACGGGGACGCAGCGAUAGCGAAGAGAAACCUGAUGGUAUCAAGAGACAACGAACUCAAUCAGCCUCGCCAACCCCACUCCUCGAGCAAGAACAAGAACAAACACCUCAAGCGGAUUCCGACGAUGAAACCAGUGGACGGCAUGGAGCUGCCAAGAAGAUACGAGGUGCUGCAGCCCGAAACCAUAGGGAAAAGGAAUUGAGAGAAGAGCGCGAGAAGUCUCGGCAAGAGGCUGCUACUAAAAGAAAGGGGCGUGCUGAGCGCCGAAGGGUUGAUGAUUCAGAUCCUUCAGAAGAAUUACCACUUGCAGCAAGACUAUCCAUUGCCAAAAGCACAGAGGGUGCUGCGCAACCUUUAGAUCCACCAACUUCGUCGCAAGCAGUAGCUCCGGACACACCACCUCCAAAUCAACCUUCAACCUCACAUAGGAAGGGUGGUCGACCACCCAAUGUUCGAAAAGGCAAGUUAGGAAAGAAUCAGUAUACAAAAGACAGAGAUCUCCAAGAGGGAGAUGAUCACUCUCCACCGCGGUCUCAAUCUAGAGACAUUCCCAGGGCUGAUGAUAGUGGCCACACCUCUGGCAACAAAGGAUCUAACAGUGAAGGCAAGCCAGGGAAGUCGAAGAAUAGUCAUAGCAAGGUCGCAAUGGGAGAUAUGAAGAAACGGGUAUCAGCCAUCCUCGAUUACAUAUCCCGAACACAACUUGAAAUGGCCGGGGAGUCCAUGUCCCCAGCCACUGCCGAUGUGGCCGAGAAGACUAUACGGGAUAUCGCAGAUGGGCUCCCGAUGAUAAAAGUUCACGGGGAAAACGGCGAGGAGUCAAAAACAUCUGGGGCUGGUGAAGACAGUUCUAAAAGAGAAUUCAAAGACCUGACUUGUCUAGAAAUGAUGGAUGUCCUGACGAGACAACUGGUGAAAUGGCAAAAGGAGUUUCUGUAA